AUGACCCAGGCCGUCAAGAGGGCCUGCGACGCCUGUCAUCGUCGCAAGGUCAAGUGUGACGGCAUCAACCCGUGUCGAAACUGCUCCGCCGCCCAACUCUCAUGCACCUACAAUGCCAUCCCUCAGAAGAAGGGCCCCAAGGGCUCCCGCGCCAAGGUCAUCAGUGAACUGCGCGAGACCCAGCGACAGACGAGCCUCUCCGCCAAGGUCCAGAACCGAAUUAACGGCAUCGCAUGCUCACCUGCGAGUUCUGGCUUGACCCCGACGCCUGGUCUCCUGUCCACUGAGUUGGUCAAGGACUGCGUCACAUUCUUCUUCGACAACCUCUACCCACAACUUCCCAUCCUUGAUCGCCGCCAGAUCGAGCAGCAGAUGAUGUACAUGGAGCAAAAUCGAGACGCGUACUGCCUAAUGACCUCGCUCUGUGCCUUCAUCAUGCUUCAGCCUGGCAUGACAAUGCCCGCCAACGACCCCUACAACCUCGACAUGAACCCGGGUGCCACCCUCAUCUCCAGCCAACUGUUGCUCGAGGAAGCGCUCCGUGUUCGUAAGGGCUAUGAGUACCAGGAUUCCAUCAACCUCAAUGUACUGGCAACCAACUUCUUCAUCUUUGGGUGCUACUACGGCAUGGAACUGCACGAGAAGGCCUGGUACUUUCUGCGUGAGGCCACCACUAUGAUCCACAUGGCUGGUAUGAACAAGGAAGAGCACUACAUGCAGCUUGAUGCUGCCGAGGCCACGCGACGACGACGCCUCUUUUGGCUGUUCUUGGUGAUUGAGAGAGCAUAUGCUAUCCAACGCCAUCGACCAUUGACUCUCCAGGCCACCAUCCAUCCUCCUACCCUCGGUGAUGAUCCCACGGACCCUCUAGCCCAUCAGCUCAACGGCUUCAUCAUGUUGGUCAACCUUUACCGACCAUUCGAUGAUGCCUUUACUGCCACGUGGAACAAGUCUCGCCGCCAUCUCUCAGCCCAACACAUCACAGGCCUGCAGAAGCAGCUCAACGACCUUGUCCAAUCGUACAUGUGCCAGGAUUCCAACCUGACAGAGCUACGUACAAACCAGCAGUGGCUCAAGAACACCUCCUGGCAGCUCAACAACGGAACCAUCAACGGCAAUGGCGAGGACUCCAUUUCCUUCCAGUAUCCUAUGGAUAUGUCCCGAGAACUCCUGAUGAACAUGGCCUCACAGUUCCCCAGCCAAGGCAUGGAACUUCUCGGCUCUGGAUUGAUUGAGAAGUUGAUUGAGACUUGCUACUCAAUGACGGAGCUACUUGCCAUCCAACCCCCAUCGCGCGACCCAUUCGCAGUUGGACCCCGUGAGUAUCUGAACCAGCUCCUGAGCAUCGUUGCGAUUACUCGAAAUGGCGACUACCGAUUCCUUCCCCUGCUCUUGAGCAAGGUCACUGAGAUCCUUCCCCGUCUGGCCAACCCAAUGCUUCAGAACGCGCCUGAGAACUCCAACAUCGCCAACAUUGACAUCUUUGAUGGCUUCGGCAACGCUGGCAUGGCUCAGCCUCCACCCCAGAUGCAAAUGUCCAUGGAGCCUGAGUAUAACCAGAAGUACGCUGUCGACGAAUACGAGAAGAAGUACUCAAUCGACAUGGCCGGCGGCACACCCGAGUCGUCAAACUCAAAUCCUUCAAAUGGAACACCACCUGUCACCCAACAAGCUGCUGACAUGAAUGGAUCUUUCGUCAGUUCGCCUAGUGUCAUGUCACCCGGGAUAGAAUACCCUCACAACAUGAACGGCUUUGCUUGCACUCCAAUGACCGACAUGGUAAUGAGUCCAAUGGGCAAUGCUGGACAGUCGAAUCCUAUGAAUGGAAUUCAGAAUCAGCAUCUGGCCCAGCAGGGGAAUCAGGGCCAUGAAGGGAUAUGUCAACCUCAAAUAGCCAACAUGCCUUCGCAAGGCAUGCACAACCAGGGGAUGAGUACUGCGGCUAUGCCUGCAUCACAUUCGAUGAAUGGGAUGUACAACAUGCGCCAAGCACAACAACGACAGGGCAAUUUCCAGCUCCAGGGCCAACCCUCCAUGAGGACAGUUGGCGACUUCCAGGGGCUUCAACGAGCCGGAUCUGAUACUGGAACUACCAUGACCGGGAUGAAUCCAAUUCCCAAUGACAUGGAUUUCGGAGCGAUACGAUAA